CUGGAUCGCGUGUAGUUGAAACCAGUGAAAACGAAAACUGGGAAUCUAGAUCUGUUUUUGGAGACAGACAAGAGUCAUUACGGGUGAAGAAAGAGACAAAGCUGUGAUUGUUGUAUACUACGAACGACACGGCCAACUCCGACAAGCCGAGAAGCAUCAGAUGUCUAUCCCACCUGAGUUGCGGGUGCUAAACCACCAGCUCUCCACUGUCCCAACCGCCCAGUUGCCUCAGAUAACACCUCUUCUCCUGCGGAAUGUACUGAGGUGUCAAGGGCCUUUAUCGGCGCCGUCUACAAAUGCCGCCAAAGAUGAUUCGUCUGAGGCAUCUGCUGUCCACACGCUCAAAACUCACGUGUCGAGGUUAUUAUUCGGCAAAAGUGCGGAAGGAAGAUUCGCGGCGAUAAUACUGGCGAAAGGUAUCAUUGACGUCGGCGGAUGGGAAGUUCUACGAGGGGCUUUGAAAUGGGUGCAAGGGCUGUUAGCGAUAUUGACAAAGCCAGAUCCUGUCGCCUCAAAGAGACUAUGCAUCAUUACAUUGACAAGUAUAUUUGUCAAGACGCAUCAGUAUCAGAGCAUCGUCAGAGAGAUCACUACGCCACAUCUGUCACCUUUUGUUACCUCUUGCCUUGCCCUGGUCUCCUCAAAGUCCACUGGCAAGGUAUUGGAAGUUCCAGCAUCUCUUACAGAGGCUGUGUUGGACGCCUUUUCUACGUUAAUGCCUAGACAUCCUGCGAUCUUCCGACCCUUUGCCAACCAAAUCAGGCAAGUCACGAGAGUGUAUGUGGCACCUACCUUCUGUGAUGGAUUCUUCGUGCCUGAGUCUCUCAAGGAGUCCGCCCGCUCUCUCGCCGUGUUAUUGCAUCAGACAGCGCCAAAAAACACCAGCGGAGAAGAAUGGGGCAAGAACGUCCGAGAGCUUGUCAAGGAAAUUCAUGCCACGACGGAUCAAGUCUAUCGUGCUGUUGUGGAGGAUUGGGAGUCUGCUGCCGGAUACGUUCCCCAGCCGAUCGAUGUCAACGAGGAGCUUCAUGGCGGUGGGAAAUCAAAAGAUGACUAUCCAGCCUGGACUGGGAUCGACGCUGGGUUGGAAAGGCUUCAAGGUCUACUUGGUUACCUGGAGGAGCACUUCAGACACCACACGGCGACCGCUGUCACCGUGCCCCUCGGAAUUAUCGACGACCUCCUCACCAGGCUGAUGUCCAUUGCCGCUCCCCAGCCAUCGAAAAAUGGAUCAGGCCAGGGUGGCAUGCGCCUCCACCCAGCAAUCUCUCGUGAAGAGCGAGAAGGUUUAUGGUCCGGUCUACCGCAAACCUACGUAGGAGUCAUGGAAGUGUAUGGAAUCCUCAUUGAGCGUCUCCAGCACAAUUUUACGUCUCUAGCGCAAGGUUGCCUGGAGCAGAUUACGUGGACCUUCCGAUCAGGAAAACAAGACGAGCAGUACCGCGCAAAAGCCUACGACGUCAUUGCGGCUAUUUUACCUCUAUGUGCAUCGGGCCUUCCAAAACCUUCCAUUGACAGAAUGACGUCGGUGAUAGUUGCCUGCUGCAAAGAGUUACGUACUGUCGAGGAGGUGGUUCCCGCUAUAGCGCUGAAGGACAGUAGCGGAAAGGCUACUUCCAAUGGCGUCGCCAAUGCCGACAGUUUCCUCAAGAACAAGUCAAUUCUGUCAUCUGCCGAUGUGCACGAUACGACAGUUGUCAGCAGCGCCAAAGCGCUCCUGCCACUAUUCUUCACUCUUAUUCCUCAACAACACCUUGAGGCAUAUACGCGAGCCGAGCUAGAUAGGACAGCCAUUCUAUCACACCACAAAGAAGCAAUGCUGGCUAGCGUUCUGAGCCCGUUCUUAGGGCGGAAUGGAAAGAGCUUGCCUAGCAUUCUUCCGCACCUUUGCCGCGCAUAUCCGCGAGAUGCCGCUGUGGAGGCACUACUGAGGCCACGCCUUCCUGUCAUCCGACAAUCUGGGCCUGUAAUGGGUGCGCCUCUCGAAGAGGAGCUUGAGGAGGACGACGAUGUAGCGAUGGAUGAUCUACAGCCAGUGGAUGAACAAGAAGAACUCCUCGAGAAUAUCGUCAAUACCACUGCGACAUCGAUGUCAACGAGUAACGAUGCCACUUCUACUGAUGCUCCGAUCACGUCAACCAAGACGAGGGAACAAGAGACUAACCAUUGGGGGACUAGCACUAGCGCCACAAAUAAGGUUUACACUAGUAAGGAGCCGCAGGGCAAGGAUGUGGCGGCCCCUGCCGCUAGCAUUAGCGAGGGUGCGCCAAGGGCCGAAACGACGACACGCACAACAGUACAGUCGACGACUACAACUGCAACUGUGGAUGCUGUCGAAGAAGAGGACUCUGAUGACGAGUCUGUGCAUUUGGAAGCUGGUCUGUCUGAUUCUGAGGAGGAGGAGGAGUAGAAUAUGGGCUUCAUAGCGUUUGAUAAUGGCAUAUUACCUGUUGCAUCUCGCUGGAGAUACAAUGUUUACUUUUGACAUAAUGAUCAGAACGCUCCUUCCUUGCCUGUGAUCAGAGCGAUGAAUAGUUUGCCUAGUUAAAUUUACGUUCGCACCUUCCCGUGCU